AUGACAGUUUCUUACACUCUUGAGGUGGCCGACGCUCGAUUUGGGGGUUUCUGCAAGCUGCUGCUCCGGUGGAAGGGAAGCAUCUACAAGCUGCUCUACAAAGACUUCCUGCUCUUCUGCGGGGUUUAUGUGUUCUUCAGUGUGUUUUACAGGUUCCUCCUCUCCCCGAAGCAGCAGGAUCUGUUUGAGCGGAUCGCCCUUUACUGCGACCAGUUCACCAACACCAACUUCAUCCCAGUUCUGUUCGUCCUCGGCUUCUAUGUGACCCUGGCCUUCAACAGAUGGUGGGGUCAGUACACCAACUUCCCUCUGCCUGACAACCUGAUGAUGGUGGUUUCUGGAAACGUGCACGGGACGGACGAGAGGGGGCGUCUGCUGCGACGGACCCUCAUGAGAUACGCCAACCUAUCCUCCGUCCUCAUCCUGCGCUCCAUCAGCACCAGAGUCCUCAAGAGGUUCCCGACCAUGGAGCACAUCGUGGAGGCCGGAUUUAUGACGACACACGAGCUGAAUAAUUUUGAGUCUCUGCACUCGGACUUCAACAAGUACUGGAUGCCUCUGACCUGGUUCUCUAACCUGGCGUCCCGAGCGAGGGAGGAGGGGAGGGUGAGGGACGACAUCGCUUUGAGACUGCUGAUGGACGAGCUGAAUAAGUACAGAGGAAAAUGCAGCUUGCUGUUCCACUACGACUGGAUCAGCAUCCCUCUGGUCUACACUCAGGUAGUCACUUUAGCCGUUUACUCUUUUUUUGCCUUCUGUGUGGUUGGACGGCAAUUCCUGAACCCUGAGAAAGGAUACAAGGAUCACAAAAUAGACUUGUACGUCCCUGUUUUCACUCUGCUACAGUUCUUCUUCUACGCCGGCUGGCUCAAGGUCGGGGAGCUGAUCAUCAAUCCAUUUGGCGAGGAUGAUGACGACUUUGAAACCAACCAGCUGAUCGACAGAAACAUUCAGGUGUCCAUGCUGGCUGUAGACGAUAUGUACCAGAACCUGGCUCCCAUCGAGAAGGACAAGCACUGGGAGCAGAGACAUUUCUCCGUCCCUUACACUCUGUCCACGGCAGCAGAGACUCUCACACCCGCCUUCAAAGGAUCCACCUUUGACAUGAGGUCAACUCAUUUUAACUUUUGCAAUGCUUUUUGUUGCUGCUGCACAGACCAGUAACAUUAAAGGUCAAUAUCAAUUGUUUCCUGUCUCUUCUACAUCAACAUG